AUGUCUUCAACGCCGAGAGUUCUUUCUAUUCAGAGUCAUGUUGUUCAUGGUUAUGUGGGAAAUAAGAGUGCUGUAUUCCCACUUCAAGUUCUUGGUCUAGAAGUUGACGCUAUCAAUACUGUGCAAUUUUCAACUCACACUGGAUACAAAGAUAUUAAAGGAACUAUUUUACAAAAUGAGGAUAUGGAAGAACUCAUAAAUGGCCUUGUUUUAAAUGAUGUUGACUACUAUACACACUUUUUAACAGGCUAUUCAAGAUCACCAGAAUCCUUGAAAAAGAUUGCACAAAUAAUUAAAAAUUUGAGGGUAAAAAACCCUGAUCUAGUUUAUGUAUGUGAUCCUGUCAUGGGUGAUAAUGGUAAACUCUAUGUGCCCGAGAGCAUUUUGCCAGUUUAUAGGGAUGAUGUGGUACCAUUAGCUGACAUUUUGACCCCUAACCAAUUUGAAGCAGAAUUAUUGACUGGGUUGACUAUGAAAGAUUUGGACGGGGCUGUAAAAGUAAUACAAGCUCUACAUAAUAAAGGCGUGAAAACAGUUGUCCUGUCAAGUACAGACUUAGGAGAUGAAAAUAACAUGAUUGCCAUUGCCAGCAAUAAAGAUUGCUGUUACCAGGUACAGAUACCAAAAGUAGACGCAACCUUCACAGGCACAGGAGAUUUAUUUGCAGCAUUGUUUUUAGCAUGGUCAUACAGAACUAAAAACAAUUUAAAGUUAACAUUAGAGCAAACCAUCGCCACACUGCAAGCUAUUGUCAAAGACACCUAUGAUAAUGCUAGAAGAAUUCAACCGACUGGAAAGAUUCCACCCAAGCUGAUAGAGCUACGACUAAUUCAAAACAAGCAGAUUAUUGAGGAGCCCAAAAUCAACAUAACAGCUACUGAGAUAAAACUUAAUUGA